AUGCCGGUACACGAGCUCUUACGUGAAGCCGUGCUACUUACGCUUAUUCGUGGAAGUGAACGUAUUGAUAGAACAGCGAUUAUAACUGCUCUUGGACAAAUUACUACCAUCUCGGAUAUUGAUUCUUUAGGAAAUCUCGGUGAUAUAUCAGAAUGGUACGUAAUUUUUAAAACGAAAACUGCUCGUGAAGAUGUUCUCAAGGUUCCUGAAUUGAAGAUUAAUGAUCAAAUAUUUUUAAUUAGUGAACCUUAUAAACAUGUUAAAGUUGUUCGACUAUUAAAUUUACCUACAUCAGUACCUGAUGAUGAUAUUCGUACAAUCGCGUCCAAUUGGGGUGGUAGCGUUCUAAGCGUCGAUGCUGAAAGAUUACCUCGUCCUUUCGAAGCAAUCAAAUCGUUCGUACGUCGCGUUCGUAUACGGUUCUCAUCUCGCCAAGAUGAGGAAAAAGUUCCAAUCUCAUUUCGAUUCGGUGGAUUUAAUGUCUCAGUACAGUUGGAAGGUCGUCAAAAGGUAUGUUACCGGUGCAAACAAGCCGGGCAUAUCAAAGCUGAAUGCUGUCGGCAGAAACGAUCCUAUGCUACAGCAGUUGUUUCUACACCAUUGGAUGUAGGUCAUACAGCACCACUAAUUAAUCAAUUAGAUGUUGCCCGAGACGUAACAACAUGUGCUCCAAUGGUUAAUUCGUCACUAAUAUUGUCGAAACGAUUACCAUAUUGCCGGAAGUGCAAACAACAAGGACACAAGAAACAGGAUUGUCCACGACGUACAAUCCUGUCAAAUAAGGUGAUGAUUAAUGAUGAUAAUGAACAGAUAAAUGAAGGGGGAGAUAUGAAUCAGCACACUCCAACAGUUAAUACAACUGGGUCGAGUGAUAUUGAUGCAAAAUUUCCCGUGGUAACGCGAGUCGAUUUACAUUAUGAAAGUCCACAUUUAAUGGCAGGUGACGAAGAACGUGAAGUGAUUGCACCGGUACUCACGCGUGAUGUAGCACUAAACGAAUUCAAUCAAACCGCUGAUGUAAACUAUUUUCAAUCGAUGCCAGGUGGAAACGUGGAACAAAUUUCCCGUGUUUCUGCUCUUCAACAUCAAGUAUUAAUUGAUGCAUUUAAGAACGCAGAUAAAGAACUUAAACGUACAAAUGCUGAUCGAAGCAUCGACUCGGAUGUUGAUAUGGAGCGUAAGAAAUCACAUAUAUGUAAUUCAUCAACCUCAACUUCAGGUGAAACUGAAGGUGGAGAAGCGGUUGAGAAUUAA